CACACAAACUGUAUUCAUUUAAGAACUGCUUGGCCCAUGAACUUUAGCCCUUACAGGCUAAUUCUCGCACCUGGACUAGCCCAUUUCUAAUAAUGCGUGUAAGCACCCCAAGGUGCGCUUACCGGGAAGAUUCUAGCCUCCGUCCAUGGUGUCUCUGCUCCAGAGAGCAGAGUUGUUGAGUCUCUCCAGGAGCAGAGCAGAGUCUGACCUCACUUCCUCUUCCGCCCAGCCAUCCUAUUCUGUUUUCUCCUCCCAUCUAUGCUUUAACCUCUGAGGGCCAGCCAAGCAGUUUCUUUAUUGCUCAGCCAAUGAAAUCAACAGAUUGAUAUAUGACACUCCCACAUCAAGUUGACGUGCCAAAGGUUAUAAAGCCUGCUAGACGGCCGAGCCUUGGAAAAGGGACAGGAUCGCUGUCUACGUUUUCACCCACUAUUUCCACCUCAGAAAAGCAGCACUCGCCUCCAGCCUCACGAUGCGUCUAGAGCCUCAGUGUACGCCCAGGGAAGAGGCGUGUCUUCUCUGUGUCACCAGAAGUUGCAGGAGAUGAAGGGGUCCUGCAGGUUCCUCGCCGCCUCUUCCGGCCUCCUCAGAGGAACAUCAAGUACCAGGACUUUAAUCUGAGCCGAUGUCUCUUUGUCACUCUUUGUCCUCAUUUACUUAGAUCCCUUUGUGAAAAAACUCAUUGUCCUUCUAUUUUUUUUUCCUCUUUGCUUUAGAAAUGAUUCAUCUAGCCGCCUAAUCCUGGGACCUAGAUCUCACCCCGGACUGAGCCCAGUUGAAGCAGAGCUCCCAGCAUUUUGGAGAUGUCAGUACCAUAGAAUGACCACUAAGAACAGCAGCAGCUGUAGAAUGGAGCCAGUUUGAAGCUAUGGAAAGCAAUGUGUGCUGAGAACUGUGGUAGAGUCAAAGAAAUUCCACUGCCUAAGCCCUGUGGGGCCCAGAAGACCGUGAGUGAAUUCCAACUGUCAGACACAGCUUUUCACACUAUUGAAGUUUGGUUUUGCCUUGAUCAAGUUGCAAAUGUGCCUUGACUUUUCCUUUUACAACUUGCUAUCUUUUUUAAAUUUUGUUUAACAGGAGCCCAGAGUCGAAAGACUUUGAACUUCUGAAGAGACUUUGGAAUAUUAGAGAGGCUUUGGAAUUUUAGAACGGAUUUAGAUAUUUUAGGGAGGGCUUGAACUUUUAAAAUGUUUAAACUUGAAAAGAGGGGAGCAGAGAAAAAUGUAUAACUCAAUAAAAACAAUAAAAAUGUCUGAACUUAUAAGGACUGUAGGAAUUUUAAAAGUUGGAAAGUUUAGCAUUGUCAUAUUAAGAAGACAUCUUGGGGACAAGAAAGUCAGCGCUGCACUGAUACCAAAGACACCAUCAAAUAGAAAAACUAAAGAUCACUAUUUUGAUGAACAAAACACAAAUAAUUUCAAUGGAACACCUUCAAACAGAAUUUAGUAGCUCACUCUAAAAAAACAAGUGAAAACAAACACAAAAAAAAAAAAACAAAACAAAAAGCAUGCAUCAUGAUCAAGUUGGUGACAUCCCAGGGAUACAAAGAUGAUUUGACAUAUUCAGAUCAGUAGAGUGAUUCAUGAAAGACAAAGUCGCAGGAACAUCUUCAUAGAGGCAGAAUAGGCAUGCACAAAAUUCAACAUCCCUUCCCGAUAAAAGCCCCAAAGAAACCGGCUAUAGAAGGAUAAUACCGCAGUGCAAUAAAGGCUAAUACAGAUUUGUGGCAAACAGAGCUUUGAAUGAGAAAACAAAACCGAACAAGUCUGAAAAAUGAGGAUAUUCACUCUCAUUCUUAUUUGAUAGAGUGUCUGGAUGUUUAGUUAGAGCAGUAACACAAGAUAACAUAAUAACAUAACACAGGGAAGGAAGAAGUCAAAUGCUCCUGUGUGCAGACUGUAUGUCCUGACUUAGAAGAAUGAUGGUCUCCACUAAAAGGCUUAGACCUCACACAAUGGGACACAGAAUAAGGGCUCCUCUUUUUCUUUUUUUUUUUUUUUAAAAAACUUACUUUCUUCUUUUUGAAAUAACGUCACUUGAGUUCUAUAUUCACAUAAUUUCCACCUUCUUCAGUUGUAGUUACACACACACACAUACAUGAACACAUGUGUAUAUAUAUAUAUAUUUAUAAACACAUCCUGUGGAAAAAGAAGCAGACAAAACCCAUGCAUAGUGCCCUAAAGUUUUAUUCUUAUUAUACUUAAGGUUUAUUCUUAUUAUACUUAAGAAUAAACCAAUGAAAGUAUAAAACUAGGAAAAAAGAAAUUGAAGGUGACAUGGGACAGCAGAAGAACAUCUCCAUGUUCAUGUAUCAAAAACGUCCCUUACUAAAAUGGCCACUUUAUGCAGUUCCUGUCAACACACCAAGGGUAACCAUUAUAGAACCAGAACAAACAAACAAACAAACAAACACUAGUCCUGAACUUCAUGGGAGAGUGUCAAUUGCUCUGGUGUGCUAAAACAACCCUGAGCGAGAAGAGAAGAGCAGAGCCAGAGGUAGCACAGUGCCUGAUUUCAGGCUUUCCUGCCUAGUCAUUGUAACAAAAUCAGUCUUGUCCUGGCACAGAGACAGACGUACCAACAGAAUAGAGCAGAGGGUCCGGAAAUAAGCCCACCCCGUGGCAAACAUCUAAUUCUUGACAAAGAGCACUAACAAUAGGUAGGACAAAAAGACAUCUAUAGCAAACAGUGCUUGGGACACUGGAUACCCACACAUUGAAGAAUAAAUCUACACACUAAUCUUAGCUCUUCGCGAAAAAUCAACUCAAAAUGGAUCAAAGACCUAAUGUAUGAAACGAGGCUGGGCAGAGAGUCAAGUGUUUGCUAUGCAACCAUGGGGACCCGAGUUCAGCUCCCCAGGACCCAUUUAAAACUGGGACUGUGGUACAUUUCAGUUCUUUGUACAUUUUGGGAGCAAGGUCACAAUAAGUACUUGCAAACACCUCACCCCGACCCACCCCAGUUUUCUCCCUGGCUUUUCAUUCUCUUAGCAGAUUUUUUUUUUCAACAGCAGCAGUUCAAUUUCUUUUUGCAUGUAAUGAUUGUUGUAUCUAAACUCUCGACGCCAAGAUUUUCUUCCAUGUGCUUCUUUGUCUAUUGACUUCUAUCAGCCAGAUGAUGCCCCGUUGUUUUUGAAAAGAUUUUUGCACAACAAGCUCUCUGACAUCUGGGACUUUAGAUAACAAGUUCCCUGAGUAGGCAGACAACAGCUCUGAAAGAGAUCAUAGUCCUCACAGGGGCAGCCUGGCCUUGGUUGACAUAGUUUAGUUUCUGUUAGUUUUGUUGUUUGACCUGGAUGAUGAUGAUGAUGAUGAUGAUGAUGAUGAUGAUGAUGAUUAUCUGGCUUUUUGCUUUCUUAUUACAAACUCACUUUGCUUCCUAGGUACCACAAACUCCAGCAGUGCAAUGGCUCUUCUAGAAAUGUCAAGGACACCGCAGCUGUAGAAACCUCUGCGGUCAUCUCUGUUUCUUGCUGUAGGGCAGUGAAAAGCAAAGACUUGAACCAACUUUCCUGCUUGCAGUAACCUGCGUUCCGCGUAACCAUGGAGACCACAGGCUGCAGCUGGCCCACAGGGACAGGGGGCUUGGAGCCCCCAGUGAAUGUCUAGGCCUUCCCUGAGCUCCGUGGCGACAGGCGACAGCGCAGGGGUCAGAGCGGCCACCAGCUGCGCCUCGGCGUCCGGGCUCCGCCCCGCCCGGCGCCCUGGAACCCUGCUGAGGGCCCGGGCGUGCGUGCGGCAGGCCGGGCGGGCAGGGCUGGCGGCUGCAGGACCCUCGGAGGCGGGCGGCGAGGCAUGGCGACGCGGGCCCGCGGCUUCCUGCUGCUCCGGGGCGGCCUGUGCCGAGGGCCUGCGAGGGCCCCGGGAGGAGCGGAGCGCGCGUGGCGGGGCUUCGGGAGCAGCGGCGUGAGACAUGAAGCCAUUGUCAUCUCAGGAACUGAAAUGGCUAAGCAAAUCCAAAAAGAAAUACAGCAAGGUGUGGAAUCAUGGAUUGCUCUUGGGAACAGGAGGCCCCACCUCAGUAUCAUUUUAGUGGGAGAUAACCCAGCAAGCCACACCUACGUUAGGAAUAAGAUAAAAGCUGCUUCCGCUGUAGGUAUCUGCAGUGAGCUCAUCCUAAAGCCCGAGAACGUUUCUCAGGAGGAGCUUUUGGAUACCACUGAUCAGCUGAACGUGGACCCAAGAGUCAGUGGUAUACUUGUGCAGCUCCCUCUCCCAGACCAUGUGGAUGAAAGAACAAUAUGCAACGGAAUUGCCCCAGAAAAGGACGUGGAUGGAUUUCAUAUUAUCAAUAUUGGAAGACUGUGCCUCGAUCAGCAUUCUCUGAUACCUGCCACUGCCAGUGCUGUCUGGGAAAUAAUUAAAAGAGCAGGAAUUGAAACAUUUGGGAGAAAUGUGGUUGUAGCAGGGAGAUCCAAGAACGUGGGCAUGCCGAUCGCCUUGCUACUGCACACGGACGGGGGGCAUGAGCGCCCUGGAGGUGAGUGCCCUGGAGGUGAGCGCCCUGGAGGUGAGCGCCCUGGAGGUGAGCGCCCUGGAGGUGAGCGCCCUGGAGGUGAGCGCCCUGGAGGAGACGCCACGGUGACGAUAGCUCACAGAUACACUCCCAGAGAGCAACUGAAGGCCCAUACUCAGCUGGCAGACAUUAUCAUAGUGGCUGCAGGUAUUCCCAGGCUGAUUACAGCUGAUAUGGUUAGAGAAGGCGCAGCAGUAAUUGAUGUGGGUAUCAACUAUGUUCAAGAUCCUACGACAGGAAAGACAAAACUAGUUGGAGAUGUAGACUUCGAAGCUGUUAAGGAGAAAGCCAGCUUCAUCACUCCAGUGCCAGGAGGUGUGGGACCCAUGACUGUCGCCAUGCUUCUGAGGAACACGCUGCUGGCUGCUAAGAACAUCACAUACUAGAUCGCACAGGAGAUCUAGUAUCAAAAUGGAUAAUGCUGCUUAUUUAUUCGACAACAGGCAGAACUAUUUCUAUUUUACUACAAAGCUAUUUAUUUCUACAUUGUAUUUAUUUUUUCAUCAGUGGAAUCAUCAUGGAACUAAUUAUUUACACAACCUUUUGAAUUUCUUGCUACUAGAUUUUGAGUUUUAAGAAAAAAAACCAAACAAUUCCAAUGAUAAGUUUGGUAACAAUUCUUUAUUUUAUGGAUAUUUGUUCAUAAUGUUAAAACAAAUGAAGAAUUCAUAUUAAAUAAAUAUAUUUUUGACAUACCCUAAAUAUCACACACAGUAUGUUUUUGAAGACUAUUUUGUCAGCCAAAUGGGUGCCAUGGAAAUUGUAAUUUAUUAUAACUGUGAUUUUUUAAAUAUAGCUCAUUAUUCUAGGUUGUCUGUUGAAAAAGAGCUUAUCUGUUAGGAGGAAGAUAGAAUGUUGAAAAUGAAGUCUUUAUCUCAGCUAUCUUCCAGCAUCCCACAAAGGCAAUCCUAUGGAAAAAUUGACAUUUUAGUUAAGAAACGAAACUAUUUAGGCAAAAGUCGCCAUGCUACUUAGAAAACUAAAACCUGAUGACUUGGUGUAGUACAAGGGCAUAUGUGUUAGGUGCCACAUCACUGAGUUCACUGGUGUGGGAUAAGACUGUGUGUGUUAGGUUUUCACACUGUAGAAGGAGCUGCGGGCUGCAUUCCUGCCUGGCUCCCGCACGCCUGGCUAGCUUAUGCCCUGAAAUAACUGCACGGAAACUGUAUUCUUUUAAACACUGCCUGGCCCAUUAGUUCUAGCCUCUUAUUGGCUAACUCUCACAUCUCAAUUAACCCAUUUCUAAUAAUCUGUGUAGCACCACGAGGUGGUAGCUUACCAGGAAAGAUCUUAACCUG